UGGGACACAGCCGUGGAGAAUUUGGGGGAAGACUAGUGGGAACAAGAUGGCUGAUACAGGACGAGAAGAGUGUUUCGCCUCUUUUUGACAAAAUAACCGAGGACUUGGGCAUCCGAAAAUACUGUGGAAUUUAUCAUUUAAGCAGUAGGCGUUUAGUUAAGUGUUUUGUUUGUUUGUUUGUAACUUUGGUAUUUUUUCCUCACUAAACCGCUAACUUCAUACCAGGGUGAAGUUUUUUUUUUUUUUUUUUUUUUUUUGGACGAAGUUUUCCCUUUAUGUAUUUCUGUUUAGUCAGUAAAUAAUGCUAUUUUGUAAUAUUUUACAAUAUUGUUGUGUUUUAACAGUUUACAAACCAGUUUAAAACAAUAUAUAUAUAUAUAAAGUUAGCAUAGCAUACUUUGUUAACUUUGCGGACGUUGAAAAUUGUUUUGCUUGAGAUGUAGGGUUACUUUUGUUUUUCUCCACUUAGCGUUUUUGAAACUGUUCAUACUGUUAAUACCUGGCUUUAUAUCACAAACUAUGUUUUUCUGAAGCUCCCACUUAUAUUAAAAAAGCAAUAUAAAUUAAACUCGAGAGAGAGAAGAAGAAGAAAAACAAAAAAUGAGCUCUAGUCGAGCCCGUUGUCAAACAGCCAGAGCUCCAAGCUCUGCGCAUGCGCACAAGCCGCCGCCGGCUGAAGGGCUGGAGAUGGAGAGGAUGGAGCCGCAGGGAGAAGUGGGGCUCGGGGUCCCCGAGGAUCAGUCCUCUCCGUCUUCUAACUCCAGCUCCAGACAGGCGUGGAGCCGGGACAACCCGGGAUUCGAGCCUGAAGACGGCAUGGAGGCGAACUGGAGCCCCGGGCGGAGGUCCUUAUCCGACACUUCGAGCAGCGGCAGCAGCGGACUCGGGAGUUUCACCGGCGGGAGCAACGCGCGCAUCCACCGUGGACUUUACCCGACUCCUCCCGCUGAUGGACUCCAUCACGAGCCGCCAAGCUUGGGAGCGAGGAUUCUGGAGAAAAUCAGACUUCUGUGGGGUACACGUCUUCUGGAGGAGAGGGACAGCAGCAGAGAGAUGUACCUGAAGAAUGUACUCCGAGAGAUGAUCACCUAUGUCCUUUUCCUCGUCACCUUAUGCAUCUUAACAUACGGGAUGGUGAGCACUAACAUGUACUACUACACCAAAGUCAUGUCUCAGCUCUUCCUGGACACGCCGCUGUCGAGGGGAGAUGCCACCACCUUCAGGAGUCUGUCCACCAUGGAGGACUUCUGGAAAUACACAGAGGGGCCUUUCCUAAAUGGGAUGUACUGGGAAGUGUGGUACAACAACAAGAGCCUGCCGGAGAACCAGACCCUCAUCUAUUAUGAGAACCUGCUGUUGGGAGUCCCGCGCCUGCGUCAGGUCAAAGUUCUCAACGAGUCCUGUCCUGUUCACGAGGAGUUGAAGGACGAAGUGUACGACUGCUACGGAGUCUAUGCAGCUGCCUACGAGGACAAGAAAUCAUUUGGACUGAAAAACGGCACUGCGUGGGUGUACUCUGAGGAGAGCAGCCUCGGGGAAAGCAGCUACUCCGGUGAAGUGGCCACAUAUAGAGGAGGAGGUUUCUAUCAGGAUCUGUCCCGCACCAGAGACGAGUCCGGCAGACAGCUGCAGGAGCUGAAGGCCAACCUGUGGCUGGAUCGAGGCACCAGAGCAGUGUUCCUCGACUUCUCCGUCUACAACGGCAACAUCAACCUCUUCUGCAUCAUCAGAUUGCUGGUGGAGUUUCCAGCCACAGGGGGCGCUGUGACUUCAUGGCAGUUCCAGACUGUGCGCUUGGUGCGCUACGUGUCCAGCUGGGACCACUUUGUGGGGAUGUGUGAGGUCAUCUUCUGCUUCUUCGUGCUGUACUACAUGGUGGAGGAGGUGCUGGAGAUCCGGCUGCACCGCCUGCGCUACUUCAAAAGCUUGUGGAACUGCCUGGAUGUGCUCAUAGUAAUGCUCAGCGUGCCAGCCAUCAUUAUGAACAUCUACAGGACAUCAGCAGUCAGCAACGGGCUGAAGUUUCUGCUGGAGAACCACAGCACCUACCCGAACUUCAGUCCGCUCGCUCGUCUGCAGGUUCAGUUCAACAAUCUGGCCGCCGUCAUCGUCUUUCUCGCCUGGGUCAAACUAUUCAAGUUCAUCAAUUUUAAUAAGACCAUGAGCCAGCUGUCCAGCACCGUGUCCCGGUGCGCUAAAGACCUGCUGGGAUUCGCCAUCAUGUUCUUCAUCGUGUUCCUUGCCUACGCGCAGCUGGCGUACCUGGUUUUCGGGACACAACUCAACGACUUCAGUACCUUCCAAGCCUGCAUUUUCACACAGUUCCGGAUUAUUCUAGGAGACUUCGACUUCUCGGAGAUCGAAGAGUCCGACAGAGUCCUGGGGCCGAUUUACUUUACCACCUUUGUUUUCUUCAUGUUCAUGAUUCUGUUGAACAUGUUCUUAGCCAUCAUCAAUGACACGUACGCAGAGGUGAAGGCUGAUAUGGCACAGCAGAGAUCCGAAAUGGAGAUUACUGACCUCAUUAAAAAGGGCUACCACAAGGCCAUGGUGAAACUCAGGCUGAGGAAGACGGCGGUGGAUGAUAUCUCUGAUAGCCUUCGUCAGGCAGGAGGGAAACUCAACUUCGACGAACUCCGGCAGGACCUGCGAGGAAAGGGACACUCGGACGCUGAGAUUGAAGCCAUUUUUGCCAAGUACGAUCUGGACGGAGACCAGGAGCUCACUGAGCACGAGCACCAGCAGAUGAGGGACGACCUGGAGAAAGAGAGAAUGAACACACACAUACAAACACACACUUGUACAGAUGCUCAGUGUCUCUCACACACACGCCAGGAGGACUUGGAUUUGGAACGCAGUUCGCUGCCCAGGCCUCUGAGUGGGCGGAGCUUCUCCCGUAGCCAGGACGACUCGGAGGAGGACGACGACGAGGACAGUGGACACAGUUCCCGUCGCCGUGGCAGCAGCUCCGGGGGUGUGUCCUACGAGGAGUUCCAAGUCCUGGUGCGGAGGGUAGACCGUAUGGAGCACUCCAUUGGCAGUAUCGUGUCCAAGAUCGAUGCUGUCAUUGUGAAGCUGGAGGCCAUGGAACGGGCCAAGCUGAAGAGGAGAGAGGUCCUUAGCCGACUGCUGGAUGGUGUAAUGGAGGAUGAAAGGAUGGGAAGAGAUACGGAGGCUCACAGGGAGCAGAUGGAGCGGCUGGUGCGAGAGGAGCUUGAACGGUGGGAGUCGGACGACGCCAUCUCCCAGGUCAGCCAUCAGCAGGCUACUCCUGUUGGUCCAGGAGCUCAGCCCCGCCCACGCAGCACCCGCCCCUCCUCCUCACUGUCCACUGAGGGCCCAGACACCGGAGGCAAUGGAGGUGGACAUGUGUAAGACCUCUUCUACUACCCCCAUGGCCUUAUUAAGUAUUCCAACACUAAAUGAUCACCUUAUGUCAGCAUUUUCCUUUGUUUUAUGCACUCUGUGUAUGUGUGUAUAUGUAUGUGUGUGUGUGUGUGUGUGUGUGUGUGUGUAUGUAUGUGUGUGUAUGUAUGUGUGUGUAUGUAUGUGUGUGUGUGUGUGUGUGUGUGUGUGUGUGUAUAUAUAUAUAUAUAUAUAUAUAUAUAUAUAUAUAUAUAUAUGUAUGUAUGUAUGUGUGUGUGUGUAUGUAAUAUAUAAAAUGGUACAUUGAUUAUUAAGCAGGAGUGUAUUCUGAACAUUAACUAAGGUACAGUGGCACAAACUUUAAUCAGCUUUAGACCAGGCACUAAGCAAAAUAGGUCUAAGUUUAUGCAUUAAGGUCAUUUUUGACAAAAUGAUGCAAGGUAUUGGAUUUUUUUUUUCUUUUCUCACACACACACACACACACACACACACACACACACGUGUGUAUAUAUAUUUAAAUAAGUAAUUUACUUAUUAUUUUCAUGAGGUCCAUUUUAGCAUGAAAUUAUUUAAUCACAUUCUUAGUUUUCUAUACCAAUUAAAUUGGAAUGAGAUGGUUUUAAUAACCCAAAAUAUUUCAUAUUCAAAUGCAUUUGAAUAUUUGAGACUAUAUGUCUAUACUGCCACAAACAGAGUGAAAAUUAGCAUCAGAAAUACACUGUAUAUUGAAAUCACAUUGAUGAUAGUGUGCUCGUGAUUUUCUAUGUUUAAGAAAGCAACAAUCAUAAACUUUAAUGUUUGGGAUUUCUUUGCCUACAAUAAUGCUUGCUGUGUUUGUAAAAUGUUGCUAGUGUUACAUCUCCAUUGCCACCAAGAAUACGGGUGAAAAUGUGCCAUCCUAACUCAUUUUCAGAAAUGUUUUAUGUAAUUCUUUCAUACAUAGUGUCCUUAUACAUGGACAGUUCACUAGCCAGAAACUGCAUUCAAACAGUCCGAGAAAAAGAUGAAGGAUUUUAUACACACACACAUUUGUUAUUUCUGCAUUUAGUUACUAAUUUAAAUGAACACAUCAUACAAUGAAUGUCCCUCAUUUUCAAUACCAGUAAUCUGAAUUCAGUUAUAUAGGGACUCAUAAAGGUCACAAAGUACUUUUGUAUUUGUAUUUAAAGCACAAGCAUUCGACCAUGCCAGUUGGAUAGAUAUUUGUCACACAUCUGUAGCUGCUUUCAGUUAAUAUAGUUGCAUGAGCAGCAUGCGUUGUCAUGUAAACCUAUACCAGAUGAUGUAUUCCUUAUUAAUGUGGUUUUUUUUUUUUUUUUUUCUUCUUCAAUUUUAUGCCUAAUGUAACUUGAAACAAACUUCGAUUCGGAGUGCAUGUGCUUUCAUGGGAAGCUUAUCGUGUGUUAUUUGACUUGUAUAGCUGAAGUUGCAAAGUUUUUCGCUGAUAUUAGUUUUGCCUCACCAGAAAUUCAGACAUUCAUUGUCAGUAACUCCUAUGUUACAAUUUCUGUACCAAUUUCAUUAUCUUUACCAAGAUUUUAAAAAAAAAAAAUUUGUGUGUGUCGGUAAUUUUGUUCAAACUGUAAUCUCAACAUGCAUAUUUUUUGACACACCUCUUCUCCACACUGCUUUUGAAUACUGCAUUUGUUUUGUUUUAUGUAUUUUAUAUUCCUUUAUUAAGGCUGAUAUUCAGUAUGGCGCUAUAUUUUUCUAUUUGCCAACGUAUAUGUACAAUGUGUGCUCAUAUUCCAGUGAGAGCAGAACUUCUAUCAGCAAACAGCUCUGGAGAUUUGGCUCUGUAUUUCUGAAUGUUUUUAAUCAGUAUUACCGUUUUAAAAUCUGCAUUGUUUUGAGAAUAAAAUAUUUGCACAUA